GAGAUGUUUUACAAAAAAACUGUGCGCUACUAUCUUGUCUACCCGGAACAGAGAUACAGAACAUAGCUGUUCAUGAUCUGGGGCGAACGAACACCAAAGGCUAGAUGCAGGCAAAUCCUUGCUGUAGUCGGAUCCAGAACACAUGCAAUCCAUCCAAGUGUGUGUGCGAGAUCGGUCAGGUUGUCCAUCAGGCGCAAUGGAGGGACCAUUCAGGGUUGUCGGGCACGCUUCAAUUUCCUCAGAGGCCAUGACUGACUUUGCCAUAACUUGAUGCCUGAAAGGCCAAAGUUGAGCACGCGUGGAGCAGAUUGUUGUAAGAUGAGGGACAGGACAGGCUCACUUGAUCAGAUAGACAGUGGGGUACUUGUUUUUCACUCCCUUGUCUGAUGGUCCAAGUACAUACAGUGUGUGGGCUGCCAUUCUUGACAUGGUGCAAGUGGAUGACUGCUUAUUUUAGUCUCCUCUUGUUCAUUAUUUCCAUUGCCAUCUGCCUGUGUCCCUUCUUAUAUAAACUCCUAGCAUAGUGCAAACUGAGUCAGCCACACCCACAGCAGGUUCAAGUGCCAAGAUCACUGAGCUGUUGUCGUGUUUUCCAGCCAGCCACGCCAACAUUAGAUACAGACUUGAGACUUGUGUCCAAAGAGUGUGAGCGAGCAUUUGACAGGAUGAAGCUUGGGAGCCAAAAAAGAAGAGAAGGCUUCAGCAAAGCCCUCAAGGAGCAGAGAUCAAGGCUUUAUAUUAUCUCGAGAUGCAUCGUUAUGCUGAUCCGGUGGCAUGACUGACGAAGAACAGUUUUGGCUCCUGAUUUCUUCUUUGUUCUUCCAGCUCUCGUGUUGUUUUUUCUUUCCAGGCUUCCAGCUAAUAGAAUGGUAGGGAAAUUGUGUAUAUGAAUCGCCCUGCUGAAAUAUGAAUCCAUAUUCAGUUUUGUCCCUCUCAUUGUUUGUCUUCUUGUGUAUCAGUUUACACAAGAAUGAAAAAGUUAACCAAUGGCGUUGUUUCUCUGUUUCUGGGAUGAUGUGACUUGUUUCUAUAGGCAGAAAUUUUUAGUGACGAUCACUCUAGGACUAUCCUACUUGAUUUGCGUGACUACACAAAUUAAACGAACUAUCCAUCACGGACAUCAUACUGAUGGUUACAUGUCCAUUGAACAGAGAAAAGGGGAGACAUUGCGUUAGAAACACCACCAUCGGGCAUCCAGUUGGCGAACAGAGGUGGGAUGUCACCUUCUUGUCCAUGUCUUGGUCAUUCAUCCGCUGGAUGCCCGGAUAUAUCGUUGGAAGAGGGAACUUGCAUGAAAGAAUCCUGCGCCUGAGAAACCAGUAGUCUGUACGCCAUUUGUAACAUGAUCAUGACUCCCUCUGCCACCGGCACUUGCCUUUCACUGCAGGGUCUUUUAUAGUUUUGUUUUGAAAGCAAGCAUUGUUUCGAGCUUUCUAAAUUGCCCCAACAUAUGGCUGCAAAGCCAAAGGCAUAAAAGCACAGGCAUUUGAAGUGUUCAGAUGAUGAACCAUACCAGACAUAACUGGAGAACUAGAGUGCAUUACAAUAUGUCUUCAUGGAUGGCUAAUCGACAGAGUGAUUUUUUUUUUGACAAAAGAAGAAUUAUAUUAAAUAAUAGCUGGAUAUAUGAAAGUGUUACAAGCUCUCUAAAUUACACAUAUAUCUAGAAAAUAAUUUUCAUCUAAAUUAUACCCAUGAUGUGAAUAACUCAUAUCUCAAAACCAAACCUGUGAAAGUUACUGUGGCCGUCAUAUUGUUUUCUCUGCUCUACACAUUUCUAGGGGCCUAGAAUGUUUGUUCUCAAUUGGUAUGUGGUACCCAUUUACCCACAAUUCAGCUGUGUACCCUUCCAGCAUACUAGCGAAAUUCAGCGACAGGCUUAGCAGAUAAUCUUGACUAUUCUGUCACCCAACAAUUAGUUGAACGAUCGGUUUCCAAUUAAACAGCAGAUACCUGGUAAUAUAACAAGCUGGAAGCACAGAGGAUGAUGAGACAUUCAUGCACCUAUCGCCAGUGCAAAACGAUAUAAACUACAGGCCUCCGUCGAUGCAGCCCGCCAAGGAACAGCUGUGCUCCAAGAGGAAACUGGGAACUCGCUUGAUGCCGCCUAGCGCAGCGAAGACAAGCAAAGCAAUCACCACGAAGCUCUGACCUCCUGAGCUGGUGGUUCCCCGCGACGUUCAGAUCUCGACGCCGGUGGUCCCCGUCAUGCGUGCACGCCGGCGCACGCACGGGUCCGCCAUUUCAGACCACGCCGCACGUAAGGCAUGGCAGUUGUUGCAGAGCGCACGCACGACUUCCUGAAUCCUAACUGUAUCUCAGGUCCCAAAUCACUUUAAACAAGUAGUAGUACAAGCAUGAAAGGACAUAAUAAUACAUUAAUCAAACCUAGCAAAGCCAGAGAAAGGUGCAGGUAAGCAGUCACAUGAUCGCGGCCGUGGGGGACAGGACGAGCAAAGCGAGGCCAAAUGGAUCCAAGGAGAGGUGCCAGAGGUUUUCGAGGCCGCUGUCCUCGGCUCCAAGUCCUGGAUCACCGGUAUACUAGUAGUACACCAGUGAGGUCGGUGCAGCAGCCGUGCGUGUGCACUAGUAUGAUAUUACUUCACUAGGGUGUGACAGC